ACCCUCGCUUCAUUUCUCCGCAGUCCGCACAUUUUUCGCUUCAUCGUUUUUGACGGCUCGGAACCAUGAGGAGCUUCUUGGUCAGAUCCGCCGAAUCCGCGCUCCGACGCGGCGGCAACGGCCCCUCCGCCCGCCGCCUCUUCUCCUCCCUCUCCGCCCCCGAUCGUAAGGUCGCCGUCCUUGGUGCCGCCGGCGGGAUCGGCCAGCCCCUCGCCCUCCUCAUGAAGCUCAACCCCCUCGUCUCCAGCCUCGCCCUCUACGAUAUCGCCGGCACCCCCGGCGUCGCCGCCGAUGUCAGCCACAUCAACACUCGCGCCAAGGUGGCCGGCUAUGCUGGCGAGGAGCAGCUAGGCGAGGCGCUCGAGGGCUCCGAUGUUGUGAUCAUCCCCGCUGGCGUGCCACGGAAACCCGGCAUGACUCGUGACGAUCUCUUCAACAUCAACGCUGGCAUCGUUAAGUCCCUAUGCACCGCCAUCGCCAAGUACUGCCCUAACGCUGUUGUUAAUAUGAUCAGCAACCCAGUGAACUCUACUGUGCCAAUUGCAUCUGAGGUGUUCAAGAAGGCAGGAACAUACGAUGAGAGAAAGUUGUUCGGUGUCACUACCCUGGAUGUAGUCAGAGCCAAAACCUUCUAUGCUGGGAAAGCUAAUAUUCCUGCAGCUGAUGUUAAUGUUCCCGUUGUUGGUGGGCAUGCUGGCAUAACCAUCUUGCCCCUGUUCUCCCAGGCAACUCCUGCUAGUAAUGAUUUGUCUCAUGAGGAUAUCAAGGCUCUCACCAAGAGGACCCAGGAUGGUGGGACGGAGGUUGUGGAAGCAAAGGCUGGAAAAGGCUCCGCAACCUUGUCAAUGGCAUAUGCAGGAGCAAUUUUUGCAGAUGCAUGUUUGAAAGGUCUUAAUGGCACUCCUGACAUUGUUGAGUGUUCAUUUGUGCAAUCAACCAUUACAGAGUUGCCAUUUUUUGCAUCUAAGGUGAGGUUGGGAAAGAACGGAGUGGAAGAAGUUCUCGGACUAGGUCCUCUGUCUGACUACGAGAAAGAGGGCUUCGAAAAUCUUAAGCCAGAACUGAAAGCCUCGAUAGAAAAGGGUAUCAAGUUCGCUAACCAAAAUUAAUGAGAUUUCCAGAGUCACAAAUUUUGCUGCUGCGAGCCGGUAGAGUCUCGAUGCCCUUUUUUCGUCAUUCUAUUUGAGAGGGUGGGCCAAUUCGGCCUUCAAAACUUGUUCAAAUAAAUUAUUCAGAAAACCUCCAAGACUCGGUUUCCUAUGAGAGCAUUUCAUUUCGAUUGUACCGAUUUGGACUCCUGAUGUUUAAUUUGAGCGGGCUUAGCGCUUCGUAGAAUAUAUAAUUGCUAAGGUUUUGUUUUUGGUAA